UUGCGUCUUGCGUUGCUAAGUAACAGAGAAUCACUAUUUCAUUACAGCUCACAGUAAGUCAGAGUGAAUUGCUGGUUAUGUUUUUGGAGAGUAACAAAAUGCUACCUUCAAGAGUUUUGUUGAAGAAAAAAGCUGAGGCUGGACCAUCUGCCGAGACCAGAAUCGAGGCUCGCCGAAAGCGUGUUGCUGCACGAGUCCAGGCCAGAAAACGACAAGCAGUUGGAGAUGAUGUCCAGAAGAAGGAGGAUGCUCUCCCAUUUCAGAGACAGAUGGAGCAAAGUGAAAGACACAUGACUAAAUUGAAAGCUGAUGGCACUGAGCUAGUGACCAACAUUUUGGUGGCAGCAGAUGCCAGAGAGUUAAAGAGGAGAGAAAAACUAAGGGAGGCAAACAGACUAAGAUUGGAGAAGCUGGAAAAUGAGGUCAAGUCCAGCACAGAGAAGUUCAAUAAGAUCAUGAACAAGUUGACUGAGGCCAAGACAAUGAAUAUCCCUCAGAAGUUGAAAGACGAACUAAGACGACAGCAACAGCUUUGUUGGCAAAUUAUUGAAGACAAGGACAAGCUCAUCAGUGAAUUGCAGCAGGAGCUGAAAGCAAAACAAGCUCGUUUUGUGAAAGAUCGUAAAAGGGAGGCAGAAGAAGUGGAUCUCCUUAUUGAAAGGAUGCAGGAACAGAUAUCAAGUCUGAAGAAAGACUAUAGAAAAGAGCUGGACUUAAUUGAGCGCUCGUUCAAUGACGAGUGGACGGAUUUGCUCACAAACAGCAAGAAGGAAUGGGAGCAGCAGAGAAAGGAACGAAGCGACAAAGAGGUGGAGUUCUUGCUGGAGAGAAUGAAGACAUUGGAGGAUCACGAGUCCCUGCUGAAUCGCCUGAGAUUACAGAGCGCCGAGGAGUACAAUAAGCUCAGAAUCAAACUAGAGUCUGAUGUACAGCAUCUAGAGCAAGACCUGCAGGAAAGGAAGGCUUCCUACCAGUUUGAACAGGAGAAGCAUGAAUACAACAAACAAAUGCUGAAGAAAUAUGAGGAAGAGUAUGCCGUUACUUAUGCUCAGCAGAUGAGAAAGAUCACCAGACUGCAUGAUAUGCGCAACAAUCUGAAGAAAAAAUGUGCUGAUCAGUACAAGCAGUCCCGUGAGGAGAUCCAGUCAAGGAUAAAGAAGUAUAACCGCCUCACGCAGCAGUACAAGGAUAUUUACAGGCGGAAAAGGCAUUUUGAGGAAGUUGAUACCAAGCAUUACAAGGAGAUUUGGCUGAUGAAAGAAGAUGAGGCCAAAGCGUUAGCGUGCAGAGCUGUAGACUUGGACAGAGUUAUUCAUGAACAGGUGCUGGGCUUGACCUGGAGUCCUCCAACACUGCCGUUCAUGGACCAUUCCAGCCCCAACACUCAUACCCACUUCACUGACCGAGAAACAACUCAAGCCAAGGAAAGUGGUAUAGAGAGGAUGAACGACUCUGAGGUGAAAGCAUACUGGGAGAACAUAGCUAAUAUCAUCCCUGAGUCCAAGCUCAAAGUCUGGAGGGAUUUGAAAGCAGGUCUCAGGAAGUACCAUACUGAGCUGACUAAAAGAUCCAAGCUUCUGACUGAAACCCACCAACUCAAGCAACAAAACUCAGAGCUCCGCAUGCUGCUGCACAAAUACCAGAACUCAAAGGUAAGAGCUAAGCAGAGGAUCCCACACAUGCAGAUGCAUAAACAUAUCAAUUAAUGACUAAAUAAAUAAACAAACUGUAUAUACUAUGUACUAAAUAUAUAUCUAUUUGUCAGGGCUUUUAGGGUCAUGGCUCCCAAAACAAUUUUCCCCAGAACCUGUGAUAUAUCUACCUCUGUAUCCUUUAAUUCUCAACAAAUACAUUGUGCAUAUGUGCAUAUAUAUAUAUCCAGACAUGAGUUGCAGACUGACUGGCAUCUUUGUUCGUUUGUUGUUGCAUCUUUUGCACCAUUCUUUUUAAA